ACUGUCCCCUGAUUAUGCUGGUCAUCCCCAUUUUGUCUCCAUUUUGUCUUUGAUGAGAGAGAGAGAGAUGAACAUCAAAAAGAAGGGAGCACUGUCAUUGACAUUUAUUGCAUUAUUGGUAAUGGUUGAAGGAAUAGAGAGAGCCCAAUUCUCUUCCUCUUUUCUCUUUGGGACCUCAACUUCUUCUUACCAAAUUGAAGGUGCAGUUUCUGAUGGCAACAGGGGCCCAAGCAAUUGGGACAUAUUCACUCAGUUGCCUGGGAAAAUAAAGGAUAAUAGCAAUGGAGAUAUUGCCGAUAACCACUAUAAUCUUUAUGAGGAAGAUAUUGAGUUGAUGCAUUCUUUGGGUGUUAACUCCUACAGAUUUUCCAUAUCGUGGUCUAGAAUUCUUCCAAGAGGUCAGUUUGGAGAAAUUAAUCAAGUGGGCAUUGCAUUCUACAAUAACCUUAUUGAUUCACUCUUGCUCAAAGGCAUUCAACCAUUCGUGACGCUGAAUCAUUUUGAUAUACCUCAAGAACUUGAAGAGCGAUAUCGUGCAUGGCUUAGUCCAGAGAUACAGCAAGAUUUCGCAUAUUUUGCAAAAGUAUGUUUUGAUGAAUUUGGUGAUAGAGUAAAGUAUUGGACCACUUUUAAUGAACCAAACCUUAUGGUGAUACAUGGUUAUCUCAACGGUGAGAAACCUCCUGGUCGCUGUUCUGAACCAUUUGGAAAUUGCUCUCUCGGAGAUUCUUCAACCGAACCAUAUAUCGCUGCCCAUAAUGUCAUACUAUCGCACGCAACAGUUGUUGCUAUCUAUAAAAAUAAUUACCAGGCGAAACAAGGGGGCUCUAUUGGAAUUGUGAUUAUGACUGCAUGGUAUGAGCCACUUAGAAAUAUCACAGUAGACAUUCUGGCAGCUCAACGGGCGCUGUCUUUUGGAACUGCAUGGUUCUUAGAUCCUAUAUUCUAUGGUGAUUAUCCUACUGAAAUGCGUCAAAUCCUAGCAUCAAGAUUGCCAACAUUCACAGCUGAAGAGAAAGUGAAACUACGAAAUCAAGUGGAUUUCAUUGGAAUCAAUCACUACUCGAGUCAUUAUGUGAAGGACUGUAUUUUUUCUCCUUGUGAUUUAGAUGACCUUUCAGGAAAUGCACUUGUAUUUACCACCUCACUAAGAAACGGAGUGCCUAUUGGAGCUCCGACUGGGAUGCCAACUAUGUAUGUGGUUCCAUAUGGCAUGGAGAAGAUUAUCAUUUACGUCAUGCAAAGAUACAACAACACGCCUAUGUACGUCACUGAAAAUGGUUACGGUCAGCCAAGGAAUAAUGGAGAAUCCUUAAAUGACUUAAUCAAUGACACUAAAAGAGUAGAGUUCCUUAAGAACUACCUCUCUUUUGUGGCUACUGCCAUAAGGUAACAUUUGUAGGCUUGCAGUUUGCACAUAAGAUUAUUGGUAAUUUCACAAAAAAAGGCUGUUCUUCAGAAAAAACCCCUAAACUUUAUGUUUUUGUCGGCUAACCCACCUAACUACCACCUGGACUGUCAUUUUUAAUAAUUUUAAAGAUAAUUGUCACAAACCCUUGGUCACGUUUAACCAAAAUACCCGGAUUAAUUAAAUUAAUAAUUACAGUGUUAACUUUAAAAUGGGUAUUUUGGUCACCUUACAAGUUUACCUAACAUCGUUAUAGGGUCAGUUUAAAAAGUUGAAA